AUGCCGACGAUCUUCAAGGACAAGGCCGUCAAACUGGGUCUGAUCCCGCGCGCACCAGAGCCGUUCGAGCAUCUAGACUUCAGCCAACCGGUCAACAGUGGUGGAGCCGAUGUUGCCAACAUGCUCCCUGAUCCAACCGUCGAUAUCAAACCCGCACUGAUCCAACUCAAAAAGAACACAAUUGCACAUCGCUUGGGACGUACCGAACAAGUCUUGGCGGUUGAGGAGAAACUCGCCAACCUCACCGAAAUUCUUCAAGAAAAAAGAGAGAGAUUACAGAUCUCGGAAACCUCCGUUCAACAGCUGACCAAGCGAAAAUUUGCCGCCAAAACAAAUCAGAUGAACGAGCAGAUUGACUCUAUUCUCAAACAAUUAAACCCCUUGUCUGAAUCUACUGGAGGUCCCAGCAACAAUCUUGUCGCUAAUAACCAGGCUGGCGGCAGUGGCAGUCAUAUCGCCAACAUGCGCAUUUGA